AUGAGCACAUUGUAUUUGGAUUCUUCCGGCCAGUACAUGAAGCUUCAAAAACCAGUAUACUUGAAGCAACAGUCGACCUCUAAAAGUCAAAUUAAGCCCUCUGACAUGAAAGCACUUACUCCUGCUUCUCUUAAGAUGAAACAUCAUUCUUUAGAAAAAGAGCCAUUCACUGAACUUGAAAAUGUUGUAUUGCCGUGUCUUGAAGUAGCAGCUGACCUUAUAUAUGGAGGGAAAGAUGCAGUGAAGAAAGUGAAGCAGAUUCCGUUGUCUGAUACUGCAAUAAGUCGUCGGUCUGUGAUGUUAGCAUAUGACCUGAAGGAACAGCUUGUUAAAAACUUGCCUCUAGCCUCUUCGUUUGGCAUUCAACUGGAUGAAACCACAGACAUAGGAGGAGAAGCACAGCUGAUUGUUUACUGUCGGUUUCCAGACUUAGAAGAGAAAACCUGUGUUGAACACUAUUUGUGCUGCUUCCAACUGUGCGUAGAAACAACAGCACACAACAUUCUUCAGAAACUUCAUGAUUACAUUACUGAAGAGUGCAAUGACUGGUCAAAAUGCAAGUCUGUUAAUAUUGAUGGUGCGAAAACUAUGGUCGGUGCAAUCAAUAGCGUUGUAAAGAAAAUCUAA